AUGUCAACCCCAUCUAGUGAACGGAUCAGGUCGUACGACAAGGAAGAGAUCACAAAGGCCAUGAGUACGGCCCCUGUUGAUAUCUUGAAAGCGUGCAACUCCGCUCUUGAGAAUAUCCUACGCCAGGCUAACGAAGCCAGAAGUGUGUCGGAGCUCAGCGAUGCCGAUCUUCGGUUUCCCUCGAGCGUACUUGUCGUGCUCGAUACUCACCUGGGAAUGAUUCUCAAUGAGCCGGGAGUCCCUGCUCAAGAGCUUAAGUCUUUCUGGGUACAGCAUUUUUGGGAGGCUUGUCUGUCUACCAAUUUCCCUUGCACACUUCUGGAGUAUGCCGGUUCUUCCGUCUUCUGGGCCCUUACCUCGGAUGAACGGGAUAGUGCAUUCGGUUGCCUGUGCUCGUUCGUUCAUAUAUGGUGGCAUGGUACCGUCCUGGUGGAGGAAGGAGAUGUCCAAGUCCGUACACCACCCGCCACAUGGGUGGCACGGAUUGUUACGGAAUCUCGGGUCCUCUGGGAGAUGGUGUGGCAGCACCGUGCACAGAUAAUGGCAGACAGCGACGCGGUCAUCAGCGGGUCACUCACUGGUCCCUCCAGAUAUGGCACCCUUAGAUACAUACAGAGUCUUGCGACCUCACUCGUGAUGAUCGCUUCUACUCAAGGACAAGGAGACGACUCCGCUAUAAGGACUCUCAACUCGAGCAAGAUAGCGCAUGUAGCGCUAUGGACUUGGUGGGUCCUGCCCUUCGGGGAUGCCCAACCCGACAAUCACGCUCUUGAGGCAACGUUCACGGUCAUACAGAACACUCAUGAUGACCUCGAGAGGCAGAGGUUUAUCGAUGACGUCUUCGUCAGAGAGAUUGGAGCAGACGCCGUCCUGACGAAAUUAAAUCGCUCCCUCAACGAGCUACCGGAGAUAGCCGGCGAUGCGCUGAGCAAUUCGUUAUACUUCAUGGAGGUCCUUUCUAAUGCCAACUCGGCUCUUUCUGUUGCGUAUGCCAAACUCCCCGUGUCUGCAUCUGUGGCCCGUGCGCUUCGAAAAGGACGCGACCCACAGACUUCAUUGCCUUCGGGAAAGCAGAUGUGGGGCGAGCGCCAGUUAAGGAAAUGGGGUGCUUGUUCAGGAAUUCUAGUUAACAUCGCCGAAGGUUUGGCCACCGGUAUACGUGCACCAUCAACCGUAAACGGCGCCGAUAUCUAUUCCAUUCUUGUCCAUGGCAUACUGGUCGCUAUACAGGUUGCUAAAUCUGGGACGCCAUCGUUAUUGAAAAAAUACGAGGCGGCCUAUAGCGACACUUUCGACCGGUGGACCUACAACAUUCGAUCGCGUGGCCGCUCAGAUUCUGGAAUUCCCGGGAAAGUCAUUCGCGAACUGAGCGAUGCUGCUCGAACUAGCGGGUACAGCGUGCUUCUCGAGUUGCGCAAGACAUCGUUCGAGUCAAACCUACCGGAUUUAAUUGUGUUUCUCCUCGAUGUCUGGGAACAACUGAAUAAAGCACUCGGUGUAGACGAGGAGGAGAUGCGCAAGGGUAUCACACUACACCUUCCUGCAAAGCGCUGCAAAUAUGCAAAGGAUGUGGAUCGGCCUUCUACUGUACAAAGACUUGUCAACUUAGUGAUUGGAAGGAGUCCCACAAACGCGAAUGCCGCCGCCUCAAAUGAUAUAGCACAUAACCCGAACUUAUUUAUGCCAAGCCGUCUGCAUGAAUAG